AUGUCCCUCCAAUCCUACAUAAACAAAAAGGUCCUGAUCCUAACAGUAGACGGUCGUACCCUAAUCGGCACCCUCCUCUCAACCGACCAACUCACAAACCUCGUCCUCUCACAGACCGUCGAGCGCAUAAUACGGACCCCGGAUGACCCCGAGCCCAGCUCGCAGGUCGAACACGGCCUGUAUCUAAUACGUGGCGACAACGUCGUCAUCUGCGGCGAAGUGGAUGAGGAGAUCGACAGCGGCAUUGACUGGGCUAAAGUUAAGGGGCAGAUGGUUAAAGGCACGAAAAAUAUCUGA